UCGGGGCGUGUGGAGCUGCUUGGUAGAACAUAUUAUUUUUGGAGAAUUAUAUCAUUUGCCAACCGUCUGCUGUCAGCUGUCAUCGGUGUUGUGCUAGUGAAUGGACCUACAUUUGUGGACGGGUUUGUGUACGAUUCUCCGAUAUGGCUGAAAAGCCCUUCAAAGUGGGCCAAAAGGUCCUAGUACAGGACAGAGGCAACGGCACCAUUGCAUAUGUUGGUUCAACAUUAUUUGCAGCAGGAAAGUGGUUUGGUGUAAUACUUGAAGAAGCAAAAGGGAAAAAUAAUGGCACUGUGCAGGGCAAAGAGUAUUUCAAGUGUGGUGAAAAUUUUGGAGCCUUUGUUCGACAAACUCAACUUCAACUUUUGGAUGAUUCUGGGAAUCCCAUUCCAUCUGAUUCUGCAAGAUCAAGUCCAACACCUUCAGAGGAUAAAAAUCGUUCUCGUUUGAGCAAUGUCAGGAAAAAAAAUGAACCAACUAGCAGUGUUCGGAGGAAAUCCUCUCCAGCUCAAACUUCUCGAGCUGCAACUGAACCUAAAAUUGAGAAGUUCAGCUCUCGCUUAUCACUUAUUGGAUCAAGGAGCCCUUCAGAUUUGGGAACCAACUCACCUUCUCCUGCUCCACUUAAACUCACGACUCCUCGGCAGUCUACAGAAAAUUUGAGUUCAAAAAGAGCUUCAUUUGUUGAGCCAGGGAAAUCAACCCCUAAGCAGGGUUCAGGUAUCCCUUCUUUAGCUGCAAGCAAGCCAUCCAAGCUAGCUCCUCCAUCAAACUUCAGGCAAAGCACCUCAGGGAUGACAACCGCGAGUGGCUCUGCCUCUACCCCAAAACGACAGCAGAGUAUUCCAGUCCCUCAAACUAGCCCAAGUGCAGACCAAACUGGCUUCGUUGAAACGCUUAAGCCACAGUUUACGCCUGGACUGGUUCUCGCAUCUCCUGGGGCUGGUAUGAACACCAGCGUCUUGUCAUCACCUCAAGUAGCUCAAGGAGGUGGAGGUGGUGAUGUGGGUGAACGUUUGAGCCACUUGCAAACCCAACAGGAAAAUGAUAUGCUCAAGGCUCAAGUGAGAGAUCUCACAGAGAAACUGGAUACACUUAAAGCAAAGCGCCUUCAUGACAAGGAACUGUUGCGGGACUUUGAGAAAACCAAGCUUCAACUUGAAAGUAUGCUGGAGUUUAAAAACCGCAUCAUGGAAUCUCAGGCCAAUUUACAGAGGGACUUGCAUCGUGCUCGCCUAGAGACCAGGGAGGCUAUUGAAGCCAAAGAUGCACAUGCAGAAGAAAUGUCUGAACUUGCUGAGUCAAUGGAGAUGGCAACACUUGACAAAGAAAUGGCUGAGGAGAAGGCGGAGACAUUACAGGUUGAAUUGGAUCAGGCCAAAGAGAAAAUUGAAGAACUUACAGUUGAUCUAGAAUUGCUAAAGGCGCAAAUGUCUGAAACAGAUGGCAGUUCAGGUUCGGGUGAUUUAUCAUCUGCAACUGUUUUUAAAGUAAAGCAGCUAGAACAACAAAAUGCCCGUCUUCAUGAAACUAUUGUCAGGUUUCGUGAUUUGUCUGCACAUGACAAGCAUGAGUUCCAGAAAUUGCAGAAGGAUCUCGACCAACGCAAGUCUGAAAAUGCUGAACUAAGUCGCACAAAGGAGAAAUUAAGUUCUCGUGUGGAGGAACUGGAAGGACAAAUUGCUGAUUUGCAGGAACAGGUGGAUGCUGCUUUAGGUGCUGAAGAAAUGGUGGAACAGUUGGCUGAUAAGAAGAUGAAUCUUGAAGAGAAGGUUGCUGCUUUAGAAGAGGAGGUUGCAGAACUUGAGCAGUUAGUGGACAUGAAUGAACAACUGGGUGAAAGUGCUCGUGAGCUGGAGGUGGAGUUGCGGGAGGAGGCUGAUCUUGCAAGAGCAGGCAUGAGAGAGGCUCAACGAGAUAAAGAAGCGGCUUUAGAAACACUGGCUGACCGUGAACAAACCAUUAGCAAAUUCAGAGAGGUUGUCCAGAAGCUUCAAGAACAGGCACAAGAUCUCCAGGCACAGUUGGAGCGAGAAUCUGCUCGACCUGUCAGCAAAUUGCCUGAAAUGCUAGACUUCAAGAAGAUGUUUGCUGAAUCUAAGGCUCAUACACGCGCAAUCGACUUGGAACUGCGUAGGAUUGAAGUCCAAGAGUCUAACCAGCAUGUCGAGUAUCUCACUGGAUUUAUGCCGGAUAGCUUUAUGAAUCGAGGAGGUGAUCAUGAUGCUGUGCUUGUACUGCUCUUGGUACCUCGACUUUUGUGGAAGACGGAAGUUCUUUUAAAUCAAGUGAAAGAAAAGUUCCCGAAUGUUGAAUCAAUCGAUCGGGCAAGUCUUCUUAGGGGUCACACUGUCGAGCAAUAUGCUUUCCGUUGCCGUCUUUCACACCUUCUUUUUAAUGCCCAGUGUAUUCUUCACCAGUUUGCACAUGCUUUGAAUUCAUGCUCAGCUCCAACUUUACUGAAAGUUGCUGCUGCCUACCCUGAUAUGGCUGUUCAAGAGAAGGCCAUUGAUCAUUUCUUGGAGUUGCUGCGCAAAGACCAAUUGGAUGAGAAUGUUGGACUAGAAGGUUUAGAACGUUGCAUCAACUAUUUUAGCACCAUGUUCCCAAUUCUUCUGGCUACUGAGGUGAAAGUUAAUCAGAGUCAGCUUAUUGCUGACAUAGCAAAAUCCCUCACAGCUGCUGCAGAUUGCCUGCGAACUGAUGCUUCAGCACUUGUAGCCAUUACUAAAGCUGGUGAUGGAGGUGACAUGGCAGCUCUGGCCACACACUUGAUAGCUGUGUCAGAAACUUUAGCUGCACAAUUGAAGGCAGCCAGAAGGCGCAUACCAACAGGACAACAAGAGGGAGCCAUCUCCAAUAUGGGUUUGGAGACGGGCCUCGCGUCUGCUCUGCAAGACUGCUGUACCAACCAUGCCACAAGGGUUACUCGUUUGAUACGAGAUGUUGUGCGCUCUGGCCUUGCCAUAAUUUCAAACAUUGGUGAUGCUGAUGCUGGACUGUCAGAGACAAAGCUGAGGGAACUGGUAACUGCUGCAGCAAGCAAAUGUCUUGAACAGGAAGAAGGUGGGCCUGGGCCUGUUGACAGCUUGCGCACUGCCUUAGAAUUUAUCAGCCAGCAAGUGGCAUCGUUAGUGCAAGUCUUGCAGGAUGGGGAGUAUGAAGCAGGCAUGCCUAUCAAACCAGAAGAGAAGCCUGUUCCACCAAUUCAAAUGCGUGCUAAGGCUGUCAGAACAGAGCUCGAAGAAACGAAAUUACUUUCUCAGAAAUUGGAAGCCAAGGAAGCUGACAUUAAGGAAUUGCGCCUUGCUCUGAAGGCGAAACAGGAAGAAAUGAGUGAACUACAAUUACGCAAAGAUAUGGCUGAGCGUAAGUUGGAGGUUGCAACCAAGGAUGCAAAUGUAGCCAAUGAGAAAUUAAUGCGUAAAUUGGAGGAUGCUCAGGCCCUCUUCAAGAGAAAGGAAAAGGAAUUUGAGGAGACUAUGGAUCAUUUGCAAGCCGAUAUUGAUUCACUGGAGACAGAAAGAGGCGAAUUGAAAGACAAAGUCAAGAACUUUGCCAAGAAGGCUAUUUUGGAUACCAAGACAGCCGUUUCUUCCAGUCCAACUCACAGUCCUGUUUCUCCUGAGGCUGGACAAAACAGUACAAUUCUUACUGAUUCCCCUCUUCUAAUGAAUGAAAUCCGCAAUUUGCGACUUGCAUUGCGUAAUCAGCGUAAUGAAAAUGUCCGCCUUCAGAAUCAACUUUGCAAGGAAAAUUUGGAAUCCUUGACCCCAUUGCCUGUACCUAAAAGACUGGAAAAUGGCUCUGAAGAUAGAAUCACAGAUUCAAUGAAGCGUCUUGAUGACCUCUCAAGAAAAGCCUCCUCAUUAUUGAAAGAUGUCCAUGAAGCAUGGGUAAUGCCCAAAGUUGUUGACAUAACAAAGAAAACCAAGACCCAGGCACCAUUAUCAAACCAGCUGAUUGAAGAGAUGUCUAACCUCCAUAAACUGAAAUUGAGGACUCAACAAUUGCAGGAUUUAGUCCUUACUGAGGCUGUGAACAGAAGACCAGGCUGCAAAGCAGAUGCUGAUUUUGCUAUCUUCCCCUCCAAAGAAAUGUCUAAGGCCCUGAAGGAAGAAGAUUCCAUUGAGAUUGGUUGGGUGAAGAUUCCAUUUGAUGGUCCGGUUCCCCCAAGUGAGCGCAAUGUGACAGUUGUGCUUGAUGAUGCAUCUCUGAAUUUGCUUCAAAGAAAAUUAGUUGGUUUAGCUUAAGUUAAUGUAAUUAAUUUUGAGAGGCUAUGAAUUGUAAACCAUGCAUUGGGUGUUACAUGGUACUCUAUAUAAAUUUAUUUAAUUUUGUAUGGCGUUUUCAUUGUUCAUACUGAUUUUAACAUUCAAUCUCUGUUUCAUCUUUAUUAUUUAACAUAUCUGUGAUAAAUUUCAAGGAACAGUUCUCAUGUUGCUUCAACUAAGAUUUGUUAGUCAAGUAAGAGACUUUUUUUAAUUACUGUCCUGUAAUAUUGAUUAUCAUGCGAGAUAUUUGUGAAUGAGCAUUUCAGCUUCUUUUAUAAAAGUGUUACGGAUGAAAUUGUGAAAUCAUCGUUACCACUACUAAUUUCUUAUGAAAGUUCUGUUCUGUUGCGCUAAAGAUGUUAAGUGUGCUUUGUACCCACAUUGGAAUUUUACAACAAGUUUAAUAAAUUUGUUACAAUGUUCA